ACAAAAAAAUCAGCUGCCGGCAUUUCAAAACGAUUUUUUCAGUAUUUUCAGUAUUUUCCGUGUUUGUUUUAUCGAUGCUAAACGUUGUGUAAAUCGUCUGCCUGUAAUGUAACCGUGGCCAAAAGGACAAUGGACGAUUCAAAUGGUUCGACCGAGAGCAACGAUACCGAAGCGGAUAUCUUCGAGGACACCACUUCCGCGGAGGGGACUGCACAGGAGGAAGAGGAAAAUACCGAGGGAGAAUGGACGGAAGAUGCCGUGGCAUUCGCCAUACAGCAAGUCAUGUCCUACGAAUCAAACUCACAGGACACCAACUCAUCGGAAGCGCUAACGCCGUCAGAUCCCUCGAGCUCCCCAAACGAUGACCGCCGAGACCAAAGCGAUCCUGAAGAAACGUUUGAAGACGGCACCGUCGAAGUGGCCGCUGUGGAGGAAGUACAAACCGAACAAUCAACGGCAGGCAGCCAAUCUUCUACGACCGGCGAUGGUGCUGGUGCUAUGGCAUUGGAUCUGGCACAUAUUCAACAAAGUGCAUUUCAACCUGACACGGCCUCCAGCUCAGCCGCUCCUACUAACGCUGCGGGAAACGUUCCGGAUGGCGUCGAGGAAAGUAACGAAGAGUCCCGACUUACGGCCGAUAACGAGCAGCCCUACGGCGGUACAGCGACUGAACCGACAACGCACGUCUUUAGGAUUACCUGGGUUGAUGGAACCACAGAGCCCACCGUUUCCACUGUGGACAAUCAACAUUCGUACUCAUUAUCACAACAGAAUAAGCGCAGACGAACGGCUACACCACCUCCAGCGCUGGAAUCGCAGGUCGUGCUCCAGAUACAGGAUGAGGAAGAUGCGACGGUGUGUUCCAUUUGCCUGGACGAUUGGACGAUGUCGGGUGACCAUCGAGUAGUGUCGCUAAAGUGUGGCCAUCUAUUUGGCAUGUCUUGCAUCAAACGUUGGCUACGGAGUAAUCCGGCCUCCCAACGGAACUGUGCCACAUGCAAGCGAAAUGCAACGAUGAAUGACAUACGGCCUAUCUAUGCUAAAGCUAUUCGCGCGAUCGACAAUACUCGAGAACAGGAACUGGAACGAAGUCUGAAUGUAUUACGCCGAAGCGAGACUGAUCUGCAGGUGAAGGUGCGGCUGCUAGAGGCCGAGGUUGAGCAGCUACGACAACUCGGCAAACAGCAGCGUGAUAUGUUGCUCCAGUUCCGGGGUACGGAUCCACCGAUCGAGAAACCCUGGCCACACGGUAUGCAACGCACGAACCCGAACUAUAUGCUCUUCCUGGAUAAGAACAUCGAGAUUAGUCGAGAACCGGGCUGCCGUGCCAUGGCUUACGCGGCCAAGCAUCAGCUGUUGUUGAUCUCUCAAAAGUCCGGCCAGGGGCUGUUUCCCGGUUAUGCGGUACGGUUUCUGUCGUUGGUCGAUCAAGCAGGAUCCAAGAUAGGAUCGACGAUGUGGGUUUCACCAAAAUCGAUCCGUGACAUUGCGGUCGAUGCGUCCGAUGAUCUGUUCGCUUGUGCUACCAUGGAAGCGACGGUGAAAAUCUUCUCGGUGCAGCUGCGCAGCGGACAGGCUACCAUCACACCGGCCGCCGAUGCGUGCAUCUGGUCCUGUGCGUUCGAUAAGGAUCGUUCCGGUAUUCUCUACCUCGGUGGGCACCGUGGUACGGUGUAUGUGUACAAUAUCCGCCAGCCGACCGAGUGCCUGGAAGAGCUGAAAUCCGGUUCAACGCAGAACGACCUCACGGCUGUGAUCAAAAUAUGUUCCCUAGAGACGACGCCCAUCCUGCCACACGGAGGCAUACUCGUGUGUAAGCUGAAAUCGGUCUGGUUGUAUGCGUACACGGCCGAUCAGCACCUCGAACCGUACCUGAUCAACGUCGAGGGUCCAUUCAGCUCGAUGAGCUACAGUGCGACCAACGGGAUCGUGAUGCUUACGAUACGCUCAACCACCGAUCGACCGUCCGUGAUUCUACUAGCCACCCUGGAGAAGAGCGGCGAGCGCUACUCGCUGAACAUUCAGCAUCGCUACGAAGGCUCACGAGUGCAGACGGCGAUGCUACGUAACGCACAGAUACCAGUCAGUGCCACGGAUUCGCUCGUGGCUUCCUAUCUCGAAGACGUACGCAAGCUUGCCAUCUGGGGUACCCACAGUGGAUCGCGACGACUGCAGCAGCUACCACUGGUGGAAACCAUCGUGGACAUCUGUCCCAUUAUCGGUGAACCGGGUAACCUCUCGCUGGCCGCCCUCAGUGACACGCGCUGCCGGAUCUACCGUAUUACCUACACGUAACAUUCACAUUGGAUGGAACACCAACAAUGGCACCAUUCCGUGACGACGUUCCGUUGUCGUUUCCGGCAGGGCUAGAUGAUUAAGUUUUUUAUUCGCCAAAAAAAAUAAACCCUUUACAUUGACAGUUUUCUAAAAUACCGUUUUCUAUCGUUCGGAUA